AAACCCCGCCAAAAUGUCUUGCAACGUAGAAGAAGAAGCUCUUGUCCAAUCAGACGCUGCGCCUGAAGCUAACCGGAAACGGUCCAGUUUCAUGUCGCACUAGUCUGGAGAGCAACUGUGAGGAUGUCCUGUAACACCAGCAUUACUCGUCUUCAUGCAUCAUCAGUGGGGCAGGCAGAGCGAGCCCCAGUCCACCUAAUGCCCUGUGAGAUCGAACACAAUGGACCGGCUCAGGUCUCACAAUACUUCACUGCUACCACAAAAGACCGCAAACAAGUGCUUUUUCUCAUUGCAGAGAAGACGGUGUCCUUCAGAGGGCGCGGGUUGAAGGGACAGGAGCUCAGCUGUCCACAGGGCUACACCGGCCUGGUGCUGAAAGAGAUCAACAAACCCGGCUCAGACCAAGAGGACAGGACAGUGAAGGUAUCCUCUGUGUUUGACAAACUGACCUACUGGAACCUCGAGACGCCUCCGAAUUCAGAUGACACAGUGGUGACGGCGAUGGAUUGGCCUGAGCUGGCUGAGGCGAUCCACGGGCCAGUAGAAGACUGAAGAGACAGAGUUUCUGGAAAGAGGUGAUGAACUGCUGUCUCCUCAGCAUUUUAAACCUCAGCGUGUUACAAAUGAAAUGUACAGUUUGCUGGUUACUGACCUAACAGCUGUAAAAACCUUUUGAAAUACAAACCUGUUCAUUAAGUGACGUAAAUAAUGUUUAUAUUUUUUGUAUAUGUUUUUUUUGUAGUGAAAUAAAGAAAAACAUAAGAUAA